AUGGCCGACGCUGGCGCUGUCUCGACCGCUGCGCAGCCCGUGGGCGCCGCUGCCGCCCAAAACGGCCAAGGCAACCCAACCCACCUCCCCCCGCCUCCUCUCCAUAUUCCGCAGAACAACAACCCGAUCCCGACGGCCAUGACAUCUCCCCGCUCUGGCGUCGAUGGCGGCGGCAUCCUCUCGCCGACCACGGGCUUCCGACGAGCUGCGCCCGAGCCUAACAAGCGGGCCCUCUACGUUGGCGGCCUGGACCAGCGAGUGACUGAGGAUGUGCUGCGCCAGAUCUUCGAGACCACGGGACAUGUCCAGAAUGUCAAGAUCAUCCCCGACAAGAACGCCAAAGGCUACAACUAUGGCUUCGUGGAGUACGAUGAUCCUGGUGCGGCCGACAGGGCCAUGGCAACUCUCAAUGGACGAAGGGUCCACCAGUCUGAAAUUCGAGUCAACUGGGCCUAUCAGUCCAACACCACGACCAAGGAGGACACCUCCAACCACUUCCACAUCUUCGUUGGCGACCUUUCAAAUGAGGUCAAUGAUGACAUCCUCCACCAGGCCUUUUCUGCCUUUGGCUCCGUCUCGGAAGCUCGCGUCAUGUGGGACAUGAAGACGGGCAGGUCUCGAGGCUAUGGCUUCGUCGCUUUCCGUGACCGGCCCGAUGCCGAAAAGGCCCUGAGCUCCAUGGAUGGAGAAUGGCUCGGAUCAAGGGCGAUUCGCUGCAACUGGGCCAACCAAAAGGGCCAGCCUUCAAUGGCUCAGCAGCAGGCGAUGCAGGCUAUGGGCAUGACGCCGACUACUCCCUUUGGCCACCACCAGUUCCCUGCCCACGGCAUCGCUAGUUACGAAAUGAUCCUGGCGCAGACGCCCAACUGGCAGACUACCUGCUACGUGGGAAAUCUCACUCCGUACACGACUCACACCGACGUUGUCCCUCUGUUCCAGAACUUUGGAUUUGUGGUCGAGUCGCGAUUCCAGGCCGAUCGCGGCUUUGCAUUCAUCAAGAUGGACACGCAUGAGAAUGCGGCAAUGGCCAUCUGCCAGAUGAACGGAUACAAUGUCAACGGCCGACCCUUGAAGUGCAGCUGGGGCAAGGACAAGACGCCCAACUCUCAAUCGUUUGACCCUCAGCAGCAGCCGUACAGCCCUCAGACUUCUCAGGCUCCUGGCUUUCCUGGUACUCCUACCUACUACCCGCAGUACGGAGCUCAAUACAAUGGACAGCAGGGCAACUUUGGCGGCCCGCAAGCCGCCUCUCCUGCAGGAUACAGCGGCUCCCCCAUGGGUUAUGGCGGCCCUCAGAGUGCCGGAGGAUAUGGUCGCGGGCACCAGGGUCCCAACGGCCAGUGGAACCAGAACCAGGGACAAAACUUCAACAAUGGUUUCGGCGGCUAUCAGUCGUAG